AUGCGUUUGAUUAGCAACGUUUCAAUUCUUAUUUUAAUAAUUUCUCAGGGAUUCUGUGAAAUUGUGGAAAUUUCUGAUGGAAAAGUGAGUGGAAUUGUGAUGAAGACAAGAUACGAUGAAAACUUUCACGCAUAUAUGGGAAUUCCGUAUGCUGAAAAGCCUUUGGGAGACAAAAGAUUCCGAGCACCAAUCAAAGUGUCAUCAUGGAGUGGAGUGUUGAACGCCACUGAAUUUAGUCCGAUGUGUAUGCAAGUGAAUCUUUUAUCACAAUCACCUGUCGCCGAAGAUUGUCUUUACUUAAACGUUUUCACUAAAAAUUUACCUCUUUCAAGAGAGAACGAAACUUUACAACCUGUUGUUGUUUACAUUCAUGGUGGAUCCUUUCAACUUGGUUCAGCAUCUGAUCAUAAACCGCAUUUGCUAAUGGAAAGGAAUGUUGUUUUAGUUUCGUUCAACUACCGUCUUGGGGCGUUUGGAUUUUUAUCACUGGGAAAUGAGGAAAUCCCUGGUAAUGCUGGGUUCAAAGAUCAAGUGAUGGUGUUAGAGUGGGUACAAAAUAAUAUUCACCAUUUUGGUGGUGAUCCCAAGCUUGUAACUUUGAUGGGAAACAGUGCUGGUGCUUAUGGUGUAACAGCACAUAUGGUCUCGUCUAUGUCAAAAGGAUUAUUUCAUCGAGUUGUUGCUUUGAGUGGCUCAAUAACUUAUCAAAGAAAACUGGAAGAUAAUUAUUUGGAUCUUGGAAGACGUCUUGCUGAGAAAAUGAAUUGCACUGUCUCAGAUAUCGAUGAAAUGAUUAAAUGCUUAAGAGAAAAACCAGCUGUUGAUUUCAAUUUAAUUGAAUUAAGAGAAUAUCCACAAUGUACGAUAAUGACUUGGUUUCCUGUCAUUGAAAAAGAUUUUGGACAAAGAAGAUUUCUAUCUGACGAUCCUAAAAAAUUAUUUCAAAGUGCCAACUUUUCUAAAGUUCCAAUAAUUAUUGGAAGAACGAAAGAUGAAUUUGUUGAUAUUCCUUCUCGAAUGAUUCAAUUUCCAAUAAUCGAUGAGUUGAAUCAACGAUAUGAUGAAGUUGCACCACAUUGUUUCUUCUACGAAACGAAUACCGAGAAAUCAAGAAGUCAGACAUUAAAAGACGUGUACUUCCCUUACGAUGUUAUUGAUAUUAAAUCACUCAGCAGUUUAAGCCAAAUUUUUAGUGAUGGCUACAUCGGAUAUCCAGUUCAUAAACUAGCACACUUAAUAUCAAAUCUAACUGAUGUUUUUUACUAUCAACUCUCGUUCAUCGGUCGUUAUAGUUUCUUUCUUCAUCCUCAUGAUAAACCAUACGGUGUGCAUCAUUCCGAUGAAAUGCAAUAUAUUUUGGAAACAGUUUUUGUUGGUCCAAGAAUUGAACUGAAUGACCCAGAGAAUGUUAUGGUCGAAAGAUUCACAAGAAUAAUUUAUCAGUUUGCAUCUUCCGGUGACCCAAACGACAAGAAUGACGAUUAUUUGAAUGAAAUGUUUUGGCCUAAGCAUGAUUCUAUUAAUGAAUUCUAUUUAGAUAUUGGAAGUCAUUUCAUUGAAAAGCAUGGGUUAGCUUUGGAUCGUUACGCUGCGUGGGAUGAGCUGGAAAAUGACGCUUCAGUAAUAUUUAAGUUUGAAAUCAUUCAACUGUUAUUAGCAUCAGUUAUGUUGAUAAAACUUUUUUAA